AUGAAGAAACACGCCACCAGAAAUAUAGAGUCACGGACAACCAGAGAUAUAGAGCUACAGGCUACCAGAGAUAUAGAACCUCAGGCUACCAGACAUAUAGAGUCACAGGUCACCAGUGAUAUAGAGCCUCAGGCCACCCGAGGUAUAGAGCCUCAGGCCACCAGAGAUAUAGAGCCUCAGGCCACCAGAGAUAUAGAGCCACAGGCCACCAGAGAUAUAGAGCCACAGGCCACAAAAAAUAUAGAGCCUCAGCCCACAAGAGAUAUAGAGCCUCAGGCCACCAGAGAUAUAGAGCCACAGGCCACCAGAGAUAUAGAGCCACAGGCCACCAGAGAUAUAGAGCCUCAGACCACCAGAGAUAUAGAGCCUCAGACCACCAGAGAUAUAGAGCCUCAGGCCACCAGAGAUAUAGAGCCACAAGCCACCAGAGAUAUAGAGCUACAGGCUACCAGAGAUAUAGAACCUCAGGCUACCAGACAUAUAGAGUCACAGGCUACCAGACAUAUAGAGCCACAGGCCACCAGUGAUAUAGAGCCUCAGGCCACCAGAGGUAUAGAGCCUCAGGCCACCAGAAAUAUAGAGCCUCAGGCCACCAGAGAUAAAGAGCCUCAGGCCACAAGAGAUAUAGAGUCACAGGCCACCACAGAUAUAGAGCCACAGGCCACCAGAGAUAUAGAGCCACAGGCCACCAGAGAUACAGAGCCUCAGGCCACCAGUGAUAUAGAGCAUCAGGCCAUCAGAGAUAUAGAGCCUCAGGCCACCAGAGAUAUAGAGCCACAGACCACCAGAGAUAUAGAGCCACAGGCCACCAGAGAUAUAGAGCCUCAGACCACCAGAGAUAUAGAGCCUCAGACCACCAGAAAUAUAGAGCCUCAGGCUACAAGAGAUAUAGAGCCUCACGCAACCAGAGAUACAGAGCCACAGGCCACCAGAGAUAUAGAGCCUCAGGCCACCAGAGAUAUAGAGCCUCAGGUCACCAGAGAUAUAGAGCCACAGGCCACCAGAGAUAUAGAGCCUCAGGCCACCAGAGAUAUAGAGCCUCAGGCCACCAGAGAUAUAGAACCACAGGCCACCAGAGAUAUAGAGCCUCAGGCCACCAGAGAUAUAGAGCCUCAGGUCACCAGAGAUAUAGAGCCACAGGCCACCAGAGAUAUAGAGCCUCAGGCCACCAGAGAUAGAGAGCCUCAGGCCACCAGAGAUAUAGAGCCUCAGGCAACCAGAGAUAUAGAGCCACAGGCCACCAGAGAUAUAGAGCCUCAGGCCACCAGAGAUAUAGAGCCUCAAGUCACCAGAGAUAUAGAGCCACAGGCCACCAGAGAUAUAGAGCCUCAGGCCACCAGAGAUAUAGAGCCUCAGGUCACCAGAGAUAUAGAGCCACAGGCCACCAGAGAUAUAGAGCCUCAGGCCACCAGAGAUAGAGCCACCAGAGAUAUAGAACCUCAGGUCACCAGAGAUAUAGAGCCACAGACCACCAGAGAUAUAGAGCCACAGGUCACCAGAGAUACAGAGCCACAGGCCACCAGAGAUACAGAGCCACAGGCCACCAGAGAUAUAGAGCCACAGACCAGAGAUAUAGAGCCUCAGGCCACCAGAGAUAUAGAGCCACAGACCAGAGAUAUAGAGCCUCAGACCACCAGAGAUAUAGAGCCUCAGACCACCAGAAAUAUAGAGCCUCAGGCUACAAGAGAUAUAGAGCCUCACGCCACCAGAGAUAUAGAGCCUCAGGUCACCAGAGAUAUAGAGCCACAGGCCACCAGAGAUAUAGAACCUCAGGUCACCAGAGAUAUAGAGCCUCAGGCCACCAGAGAUAGAGAACCUCAGGCAACCAGAUAUAUAGAGCCACAGGCCACCAGAGAUAUAGAACCUCAGGUCACCAGAGAUAUAGAGCCUCAGGCAACCAGAGAUACAGAGCCUCAGGCCACCAGAGAUAUAGAACCACAGGCCACCAGAGAUAUAGAGCCUCAGGUCACCAGAGAUAUAGAGCCACAGACCAGAGAUAUAGAGCCUCAGGCCACCAGAAAUAUAAAUCCACAGGCCACCGGAGAUAUAGAGCCACAGACCACCGGAGAUGUAGAGCCUCAGGCCACCAGAGUUAUAGAGCCACAGGCCACCAGAGAUACAGAGCCACAGGCCACCAGAGAUACAGAGCCACAGGCCACCAGAGAUAUAGAGCCACAGACCACCAGUGAUAUAGAGCCACAGGCCACCAGAGAUACAGAGCCUCAGACCACCAGAGAUAUAGAGCCACAGGCCACCAGAGAUAUAGAGCCACAGACCACCAGAGAUAUAGAGCCAAAGGCCACCAGAGAUAUAGAGCCUCAGACCACCAGAGAUAUAGAGCCACAGGCCACCAGAGAUAUAGAGCCACAGACCACCAGAGAUAUAGAGCCACAGGCCACCAGAGAUAUAGAGCCACAGGUCACCAGAGAUACAGAGCCACAGGCCACCAGAGAUAUAGAGCCACAGGUCACCAGAGAUACAGAGCCACAGGCCACCAGUGAUACAGAGCCACAGGCCACCAGAGAUAUAGAGCCACAGGCCACCAGAGAUAUAGAGCCACAGGCCACCAGAGAUAUAGAGCCACAGGCCACCAGAGAUAUAGAGCCACAGACCACCAGACAUACAGAGCCACAGGCCACCAGAGAUAUAGAGCCACAGGCCACCAGAGAUAUAGAGCCACAGACCACCAGAGAUACAGAGCCACAGGUCACCAGAGAUACAGAGCCACAGGCCACCAGAGAUAUAGAGCCACAGACCACCAGAGAUAUAGUGCCACAGACCAACAGAGAUACAGAGCCACAGGUCACCAGAAAUACAGAGCCACAGGCCACCAGAGAUAUAGAGCCACAGGCCACCAGAGAUAUAGAGCCUCAGGCCACCAGAGAUACAGAGCCACAGGUCACCAGAGAUAUAGAGCCACAGGCCACCAGAGAUACAGAGCCACAGGCCACCAGAGAUAUAGAGCCACAGGCCACCAGAGAUACAGAGCCACAGGUCACCAGAGAUAUAGAGCCACAGGCCACCAGAGAUACAGAGCCUCAGGCCACCAGAGAUAUAGAGCCACAGGCCACCAGAGAUACAGAGCCACAGGCCACCAGAGAUAUAGAGCCACAGGCCACCAGAGAUACAGAGCCACAGGCCACCAGAGAUAUAGAGCCACAGACCACCAGAGAUACAGAGCCACAGGCCACCAGAGAUAUAGAGCCACAGGCCACCAGAGAUAUAGAGCCACAGACCAGCAGGUUCAACACCCUCACGCAGGUGUGUCAGGUAAUGUUCCAAGUUGCAUUGUUGUGUUAA